AUGUCACUACUAAGAACGUCCAUUCCGACUGUGCGACUCUUUUCAACCUCCAAUGCGCUUUUCCAGAAGAGCCCCACCGGCGUGGUGUUCAUGAACAUGGGAGGCCCUUCAACUGUUCCGGAAACUCGAGACUUUCUUUACCAGCUGUUUUCAGACAAUGACCUGAUUCCCAUCAGUAAGAAGUACCAGCCCAUGAUUGCCAAGUAUAUCGCUAAGUUCCGGACCCCCAAGAUCGAAAAGCAGUACAAAGAAAUUGGAGGUUCGCCAAUUCGCAAGUGGUCUGAGUUCCAGGCAAAGCGGGUGUGCGAGAUUUUGGACGACACCUGUCCAGAAUCGGCGCCGCACAAACCUUAUGUGGCGUUCCGCUACGCCAGACCCUUGACCGGCGAAACCUACGAGCAAAUGUUAAAAGAUGGAGUACGGAAAGCCAUUGCCUUCUCACAGUACCCACAAUUUUCUUAUUCUACAACUGGUUCUUCAAUCAAUGAGCUCUGGAGACAAAUAAAGAAGUUGGACCCAGAGAGGACUGUUUCUUGGUCUGUCAUUGACCGUUGGCCAACCAACAAGGGUCUCGUGAAGGCCUUUGCCGGUAACAUCCAAAAAAAACUACAAGAAUUUCCAGAAGAUGUCAGAAAAGAUGUGGUUCUCCUAUUUUCAGCACACUCUUUGCCAAUGGACGUAAUCAACACUGGUGAUGCUUAUCCAGCCGAAGUUGGCGCCACCGUGUACAGUGUCAUGCAAGAACUGAAGUUCUGCAAUCCAUAUAGACUUGUCUGGCAAUCACAAGUGGGCCCUAAGCCAUGGCUCGGGGCUCAAACAGCUGACGUUACCGAGUGGCUGGCUCCGUCUCAAAAAGGAUUGAUAUUGAUUCCUAUUGCCUUUACCUCGGACCACAUCGAAACGCUUUAUGAACUAGACCUUGAGGUUAUUGGAGAGUCCGAAUAUAAGGAUAAAAUCAAGCGUUGCGAGUCUUUGAACGGCAAUGAGACGUUUAUUCAAGGCUUAGCUGAUCUCGUGAAAGAUCAUUUGAAACAUGGCGAAUUGUACUCCAAGCAGCUGCCGCUAGAUUUUGACCUAGGAAAGUCUAACGAUACUUUCGAGCACCCAUCUCAAGUUUUCGGUGAACAUUCCAAAAAAGACUCCCAGAGCUCCACAUCGAAGAACGUUAAACAUAAGUAA